AUGGGAAAGCGACGGGCUGUUUCCCCGUACUCUUCAUCGCCAUGGCCGCCAUCGAGGGUCGGGGCAGAGAAGGAGCAUACUCGGGCAGGGGAAGACGAGGAGAAGUCAAGUCUAGAGACAGGAAACGACAGCAGGCUUGGCCUCCUUCCAGAGAAUGGGACAGAGAAGCAUCAACACGCAUUUAACGGCUCAUUUACCUCAGCCCUGAUGUGGAUGACCGUCAAUACUCUGGCAACAAUAGGCAUUGUCUUCACCAACAAAGCCAUCUUCUCCGAACCCUCUCUGAAAUUCGCACAACUCUCCUUUGCCGCAUUCCACUUCUGCCUCACCUACCUUACCCUCUUCACCGUCUCGCGCCCUCGCUUUGCCCUAUUCGCGCCACGGCACAUCCCUCUGCGGGAUAUCUUCCCCCUGUCCGUCGCCAUGUCGCUCAACGUCAUCCUCCCCAACCUCUCCCUCGCCUUCUCCACCGUCACCUUCUACCAGGUAGCCCGCAUCCUGUUGACGCCGACCGUCGCAGCCCUGAACUACCUUCUCUACGGCGCCACCCUCCCGCGCGGCGCCCUGCUGGCCCUCAUCCCCGCUUGUCUCGGCGUGGGCAUGGUCUCGUACUACGACUCCCUGCCGCCACCAUCCUCUCCCAGCAGCAGCAUCAUCACGACGACGCCCACCACCACCACCACCACCACCACCACCACAAUCACAGCCGUAAAAACUACCUCCCCAAUAGGCAUCGCCUUCGCACUAGCCGGCAUCCUCGCCUCGUCGCUGUACACAGUCUGGAUCAGCGCCUACCAGCGCCGCCUAAAAGUAUCCAGCAUGCAGCUCUUGCACAAUCAAGCGCCCAUUUCCGCCCUACUGCUACUCUACGUGAUCCCCUUCGUCGACGUCUUUCCGGGGAGUGCCACCACCGCCACCACCACCACCAGCUGGCGAGAAGCCUUCAAGCUGCUAUUGUUGUCCGGGAGGGGGAUGCUAGUGCUGCUGAGCGGGGUUUUCGCUGCGCUGAUCAACAUCUCGCAGUUCUUCAUCGUCGCCCGCGCGGGGCCCGUGUCGAGCACCGUCGUGGGCCACGUCAAGACCUGUGCCAUUGUCGCCCUGGGCUGGCUGGUCUCGGGCCGGGCGGUUACCGACAGGGUUGCGGCUGGGGUGUUGAUGGCGCUUGCGGGGAUUAUCGCGUAUUCGGCGGCCAUGUUGAGGGAAAGCGGGAGGGUGGAGAGCAGCAAACGGAGGCAGACGGCGGCGGCGGUGAGGUAG